UGUGUCUUGACUUCACAGGAAGUUCCCCUACAUGAACUUGACUUGGAGGUUUGACUGAAUAAAUUAUCCCUUGACUUUUGAAUUGUUAAUCUUGGCUGCAUGAUAUGCAAAUCAGACCACACUAACCAUGUCCAGAGGCACAGCACUGGGUCAGAAGCUGUAUCGAGUUGCUGGCAAAGGGUUUCUGUUAGGGGAUCAGGACCUUCCGACAGAACAAUAAUGGUCUAAUCCAACUUAACUCAGCAGAAUUUGUCAAACAACCGCACUAUCCUGGGGAACAUGGCAAAGAAUGCAUCUUGUGAAAACUGGCUGGCCGCAGAGGCUGGCCUGCAAAAGUACUACCUUUCCGUCUUUUAUGGUAUCGAGUUCGUUGUGGGACUCCUCGGGAAUAGCACUGUUGUUUUUGGCUACCUCUUCUGUCUGAAGAACUGGAAUAGCAGUAAUGUCUAUCUCUUUAACCUCUCUAUCUCUGACUUGGCUUUCUUGUGCACACUCCCCAUGCUGAUAAACAGUUACGCGCAGGAAAAAUGGACCUAUGGAGAUGUGCUGUGCAUUAGCAACCGAUACGUACUUCAUGCCAACCUCUACACCAGCAUUCUUUUCCUCACUUUCAUCAGCAUCGAUCGCUACCUACUCAUGAAACACCCCUUCCGAGAACACUUUCUGCAGAGGAAAGAAUUUGCUGUUUUAAUCUCUUUGGCCAUUUGGGUUUUAGUGACCUUAGAGCUUAUGCCAAUGCUUGUUUUUAUAAAUAAUGCUUCAAAUGACAGUAGCACCACAUGCCAUGAUUAUGCAAGUUCUGGGGACGCCAAAUACAGCUUCAUUUACAGCAUGUGUCUAACCUUCCUGGGAUUCCUCUUUCCUCUUUUUGUGAUGUGCUUCUUUUAUUUCAAGAUCGCGGUCUUCCUAAAGCAGAGGAUCAAGCAGCAGGUCACCACUGUGCCCUUGGAAAAGCCUCUCAACUUAGUCAUAUUGGCGGUUGUGAUCUUCUCUGUGCUUUUCACUCCCUACCACAUCAUGCGGAACAUGAGGAUUGCUUCCCGCAUGGUGGAGUGGAUGCAGUCCCAGUGCACUCAAACCAUCAUCCACUCCUUGUACAUCGUGACUCGGCCUUUGGCCUUUCUGAACAGUGUCAUCAACCCUGUCUUCUAUUUCCUUGUGGGAGAUCAUUUCAGGGAGAUGUUGGUGAAUAGACUGAGGCACCACUUCAAAUCCCUUACAUGCUUUAGAAAGUGAGCUAAUGGACUGAUGUUUUCAUUCAGAAGAAAACAGCGGCCUGUGGAACAGAAUGUGUUACACAAGCAACUGUAGGCCAGUGAGAGUUUGAUUAACUCAGAGUCGUAAAUCAGAGAGUGUCACUGAUCUGGCCCUGAAUUAAAGAUCCAGUGUACCCAGAGUACAUAAAAAGAAGAAGAUGAGAAAAAUUUCUUUGUUCACAUACAAAUUGAAAUUACUUGCACUAGCACAGAUGUUUGGGCAUGUAAAUCCAAAACCUUAGGUGUAAUAAUACCUCAAUCGGUGUAAGAAGAAUAGAAGAUGGGUAAAGCAGCAAGUUAUCUGCAUUUAGUCAUUCAUCGGUCAGAUUUUAAAAAGAAAUUGGGCAAUAUUCUUUAUGUUAUUCUUAUUCAUACUAUCAUAACUUUAUGUGAUAACUGCACAGCAGAUUAUACAUACAUUAUAAAAUAUUGUUCUUAGAAGUUGUGCUCUUAGGAAAAUUUAAAGUAAACAGUAGCAAUAAUGAGCAGGAAAGCAAUAUAACAAAUUCAAGGAUGUCUAUUUAUUCCUUUAUAGUGAUCGUGAAUUGGGUCAACUUUUAAUUUAUCAGUCCUCUUUGGUUGUAUAGUUUAUGGUAUAAAUAAUCACAUUAAACAGAGAUUUUAACAAAGGAAAAUGAUUGAACUUGACUGCAAGGGAAUUUGGAUGUAAAUAGAGAUACCAAGAAAAGUUGCAAAAACCUAGAGUUACAGACCACAAAGUGCCUAUCAGGAAACUCAAAACAAGACAAACAGCACAAAAGUGAGUUGACUGUGUGAUGAUUGUGCCAUCUGGCAUUUAAUUAUCACACUUUGAUCGUCACUGCAUGCAACGAUAUUAAAGUUUAUUAGCUUUGCUGCUCUUGAUUAAAUAGUAAGCUUUAAAGUAUAUUAAUAUCAUAAAACCAGCAAAUAAAAGGAAGUAAAAUGUUAACACCAGCAUUUGUUAGGUAACAUUCCCUUUUGGAGAGACAAUCACAGUUUAUCCCCCGCUCCCCUAUUAAUCUGUAAGCACUGGGAAAAUUUAAAGGACGACUUUAUCUUACAGUCACUCACAUCUGGAGAGAGCCCUGUUUCCAUAGGACAUUGAAGAAGACCAUUGGAGGAAACGUGCUGAACAGAACACACUCUGAGAAACUGUAGAAUACAAGGAAUAUUAAUGUGCAUAUCAAUAUAGAUUAUGUCAGGAGAGUUAGACACCAUUUCAUGCCACAAAAAAAAUUUAGGGGGAAAUAUUACUAUGCUAACUUUUUAAAUAACAGUUCACUUAUCCUAUGCAAUAAAUGUAUCUAUGGCCAUAAGUCAACAUUCUCUUCCUUGAUGUCAGUAGUUACAGGGGGUGAGUAACACAAAGGAUUAAAUACACAUAAUGAGUACAGAGGCAUAAAACUCCAUUGUCCUUCUUGUUCUAAGAUUCUGUGAUACUAUUGUAUUCUAUUACAUCCAAAACCCCAAAACAUUCCCAGUUAAUGCUUUGACACUGCAAGCAACUGAAAAAUUAUGAAAA